UUCCCCCCCCCCCAUAGCCGUUUCGACUCAGACCAUUUUGGCUGAGACAAGUUCUGCUAGGCAGCCAGGCUUCUUUCCUCGUCAUGGCUGGCAGGCCCGAAUGGCAUAAGGAGUUCAUGGCUCGCGCAAGGGCAGAGGCAGCGGAGAAGAAGCGAGUCGAGCAGCGUCUAAAGGCUGAGCGGAAAGAUGCCGAACGCGCAGCGAAAGCUGAAGCCAAAGCUGCUACCAAAGCAGCGGCUGCUGCUCGUACUGAAGAAGAGAGGAGGACCCAUUUAGAGGCUAGUUCCAAGGCAAAGGCAAAGGCGAGGGCUUUGACGGCAGAGAGGGAGGAUACGAAAAGGCAGAAGCAGGAUGCCGAAAAGUCACAGCGGGCUGUACACGCGGCAAUGGACGCGCUGUAUCCCAGGAGGGCUCAACGAGCGGAAACGGACGACGAGGACGAUGUGCAAGAGCCAAGCGUGUUGUCAGAAACGGACGACGGGGACAAUGUGCAAGAGCCAAGCGUGCUGGCACAGUUGGAGCGCCCUUACGCGGAAACGGACGACGAGGACGAUGUGCAAGAGCCAAGCGUGUUGUCAGAACCGGACGACGGGGACGAUGUGCAAGAGCCAAGCGUGCUGGCACAGUUGGAGCGCCCUUACAAGAUAAGCAAGAAGGUCCUAGAGGAGGCGGAGAAGGCGGAGAAGGCGAACGCGGAGAAAGGUGUUCUUUCGCAGAGGACGGGCACGCCGCGCGCCGCCCUUGCGGAGCGGGCCCUUCUCGGUCUCUCGGCUGCGGCCUGUUCGGAAGCUCCGCGGGCGUCUCGUCGCAAGAGUCUGAGCUGCCAAUGAAGCGCGGAAGCAAGAAUGUCUUAAGGAAUGCGAAGAAAUGAGCCAAAGCGUUGCGGCCCUGUUGUGGCACCAAGAUCUAGUUUGAAGAUAUGGCUAAUGAUGGUGUUCCGCCCUGGCCAGAAGCAAUCGCCUAUGAGUAACGCGAUCGUUUUUGUUUCCAUGAAGUAUUCGAGACCCGUUGCACAUAUGGUUUUGUCCAUUGUGGCAGUUAACAACAUAUGGCGUGUUAUCAGUUGUUGUUCUUACGCAGCGAGGCGUCACGCCCGCGCUCGCGCAAGGCACCCUCGUGUUGAUCUGCAUCACAAUAGUAAUCGGGGGUUCCCAGGGAGACCCUAGCCUUCUAGAAUCCAGUUGUUUAUCGACCCAAAUUUGAUAGUCGUUAUAUCAGCACGCGCAU